AUGACUAAUCCUUGGGUUGGUCGAUUUCCAUUUGAAAUGAAAGUAUAAAAAUAGAAAAAAGAAGACUUGCAUUCACCAAAUAGAAGUGAAAUAGAUUUCUUCAAUGUUCCAUCGAUAUCAGCUUCUGUUGGUAUCAAAUAAUUAUAAUAGUUUAAGUUAUGCAACCAAAAACAGUAUUUGAAGCUCUGAAAUCUUUGAUGUUUAGAUAAAAGGAGAACUCUGUCUCUUAUGAUGAGUUCUAUUCAUUUUCUCGCAGAUUAUAUAUUUGUGAAGAUCCUGUAAACUAAUUUAUACAAUAUUAAGGAUUAAAGUUUAAGGGUAUUCCGUUAAAUAGCAGGACAAUCAGAAAUUAUUUAAUUAGAGGGUAAUAUACACAAUUUUAAAUUCAAUAGAUUUUUUUUUAUUUCUCUCCAAAGAUCUAUUAAAAUUGGAUCUAACUAAAAUGACUUAGUUUGAGCUAGUGAUUCGAAUAGCAUUAGAAUUAUUCUAAAAUAUGUGUGAUGAUGAUAAUUAAUUAGAUUUGAAGAGAACUGUACAUUUUAUAAAAGAAGAACUCUGUGAAGACAUAGAUUUUGUAAAUUAUAUAAUUUAUAUAAGUUGGAAACAAUAGACAUGUUUGGUUUUGUAUAAGAUCUCUUUUCUGGUAAUUUAGUUACAAAGAUUUCUUUAUAGGAUUUUUUUUAAAAGGUUGGUCCAUAAAUUAGGAAGGCUUUAAGUAGUAUAAUAAUAAGGAAAAUACAAUAAAUAGUUGGAUUUAAGAAAAUUCAAUUUCACACUAGAUAAACAAAUUAAUUUAUUCAAAACAAUUAAGUUAAAUCUGAUAUUUAAAAAUUAUUGCAGUAGAAUUUUAAAAUCAAUUUUGAUGUUGAAAUCGAUGAAUAACCAAAAUAAUAACAAUCAUAAAAAGUUUAAUAAGAUCAAAUUGUUAGUUUACUUUAAUAAAGUAAACCAAAAAUAAGAGGUUGGUUAUAGAGAUUGUCAAUAAAGAAAGCAAACAAAUGGCAAUUGUUAUUCUUAUAAAUAGAUUAAAGUACAAGAUAUUUAAGGGCAGUUAAACCUGAAUCUAUAAAAAUUAAUCAUUCUGUUUAGAACACAGAAUUUAUUUGUUUAUUAGAAUUGGUUACUGUUCCUACAAAAGGAGUACAUAGGAAAACUAAUUCAUUAAAUUCAGGACAUCAAGAAAGAGAACCUGAAUUAUAAAGACCAAUACAAACAGAAAAUGCUAGCAGUUAAAUCAAUCCUUUUAGUCAUUCCUUUAUAUUGAAGGAAUAAACAUAAACAAAAAUAACCUUAAUAAAAUCUUGGGAUAUAAGAGAAAUAGAACAGAUUUUUCAUGAAGUGAAGACAUCAAUUGAUCCAUCAUAAAAUUAUUCAGGUAUUGUUGAAUUAUGUCAAUUAAACAAUGAACCAUUAGAAAAAAUUAGAUAAAAAUUUAAGUAACUUGUUUUUAAAGAACAUUUGAUGGUAUUAAAUGAAGGAAAAAUACAUUUCUAUACAGUUAGUUUAAAACAUUGUAUUGAUUUAAGUAAAAUGAGAAUUUCAAAUGAUAAAGAUUUGCCAUUUAUACCCUCUCAUCCAUUUCCAUUUUAAAUAGUAAUAGAUGAAAAAGCUCAAGUUGUCGGAUCUUAUUUAAAAGUCUAAAAGUUUGAAUAACCAAAUAAAUAAAAUAAGAGUGGUAUGUCAUAAAUUAAUGAAUUGGAAAAUGAGAAUAGUGAUAAAGAAGAUUAAAAAAAAGGAUUUUUUGAUUAAAUAUAUGAUAAAUUUAAAAAAAAGCCUAAUCAAAAGAAAAAUGAAAUUAGAAUAGUAUUUGGAGCUGAAUCUGAACCUAAAAGAAGAUAAUGGAUAUUCUCUUUGAAUUAUUAUAAGUCUAAUCAAACAGAUUUGGAAGAGUUAUUAAAACCAUCAUAUAGAUCUUCCUUUUAAACACCUAUAAUGUCCUAAGGAAAUUAUACUCCUUCUAGAUCAUUUAUAAAAUCUGCUUAACAUACUUUACCAUAAUAACCUACUCAAUAAAACUUUUUUAUAGGAGGAAAUCAUACUCAUAUUAAUGUUGGAAUCUUUUUGAAUGAUGAAGAUGAUUAUUAUAACGUAUUUUAACAUUAGAAUUAAUUUCAAAGUAAUAGUCAAGCUUAAAAUUAAAUGGUGAAUCCAGAUUUAGGAUCAAAAAAAUAAUUGACUUAACCAAAUAGGAUACAUUGUCAUACAGAUCCUAAUGAUUCACCUUAAAAAGAAUGUAAAAUUGUAAUUAAUUUUUAGAGAGGUUAAUAACUCAACCUUCAAAUGGGGCUCAAAUAACUUCUAGAUAGAUUUAUUCUACUUCAUCAGUUGAAUUAUGGCAAAAAUUUAUUUUAGCAUUUUUUAGAUUUUUAAUAAAAUCAAAAAAUCAUCAACCUGAUGAAGUUCAAGAACCAAAAAUUUAACAAUUAUAUAACAGAUAAUUAAAGAUAUGUAAAUAGAAAUGA